UUCUCUGGCAAGAAGUUAGUUCCUGCUCUUCCCUGGCCGUUUCCUGUAAUCGUACAGUGUUGUGAGACGGAGAAAGCCAUGUGUGUCGACGCAAAGCUGUUUAUUUGAGUCGAGAAGAAUUGGACAACAAACACAUAACUUUCAUCGCUGAGUCUCUUUAACUUGGUGCCCGUCUCCCUGUGUGGAGUGGGCAAGAUGGCAGAUCCCAUUAUGGACCUCUUUGAGGACACACCUCUGUUCAACCUGGAUGCUCUACAGGAUGAUUCCUACUCUCAGGGCUCCUCGGACCCRGUGGAGGAAGCACUGAAGUUGGCUUUGGGUCAGGUGGUUCCAGCUGUUGAGCCYGAAUCCGGGCCAGACCUCACUGUCAGUACAAGCCUCGAUGUUCCCGUAGCGGCUCCUUCUAUCCCAGACCCGACCCCUGUUCAGAUUUUCACGCAGCAGCCAAUGCCAGUGGCGACUGCUCAYACUGUUUCUGUAGCUCCUGCUCCCACUAUGACCUCAGUCCCUGCUCCAGCUCCUCUUCCCAUCCCUGCCCUACCCCCUGUUCCUACCCCAAUUGAUGCUGUGCCGCAGAUGCAGGCUCAGACCACCAUCCCCAUUGCCAGCAGCACCUGCGGAGCCACCAGUAGCACUGUACUGCUGAGCUCACCUUUGACUGUUUCUAGCUCUCCAGCUACCACUGCCACUACACAGCAGCUCACACAGAUAACUCACCAGCUCACCCCGCAACAAUUAGCUGCCAUCACACAGCAGGCUGGCGGUAAAAUUGUCAUUCUCAAAGGUCCCCAGGGUCAAGCCCAGGUCCUGCAGUCUCUAUCAGGAGCCACAGGUCAGACAGGUGGAAAGGUCAUCCGUGUGUUGUCUGGCACACCCCUCAAACCUGGUGUGUCCAUACUGCAGGGAGGGGCAGUCUUGAACCAGACGAGCCCAGGACAAACCCAGGUCAAGGUGGGUGCUGCAGGCGUGCAGAGACUGCUGCAGUCUGCCAACGGGCCGGUCAAACAGGUGCUGCUCACAUCCAUGCCUCAGCAGGUACAGCAAACGCAAGGUCAACCCAUUCAAGUUCAGAUCCCAGCCCAAGCGCAGAUGGCUCAAGGUCAAACUACUGUCCAAGUUCAGCCCCAGGCCCAGGCCGCUCAGAUCCAGGUUCAGCCCCAGACAGCCCAGAUCCAGGUCCAACACCAAGGCCAGGCAGCGCCGACCCACGUCCAGGGUCAGGUGCAGCUCCAGCCAGCCAUGCAAGCUCAGACACAGGGCGGUGAAGCAAAGCGCAUCACCCUGGUUCUUCAGCAGCCUUCUCAGACUGGCUCUGCCACGUCAGUGGGUCAGGCUGUUGCAGCUCAGCAGCAAGUCACCCAGGUCCAACAAGUUCAGACGACACAAGGGGCUCAACAGCAGCAAGCACAGGCCCCUGCUAGACUGGUGCUGGGUCAGCUCCCUGGUGGCAAACUGGUUCUCCAGGGAAGCCAGCUGGCGGCCCUGGCCCAGGCUCGGACGGCAGGCCAGGCCGGAGGGCAGCCCAAAGUAGUCACAAUCCAGCUGCAAGUGCAACAGCAGCCCAACCAACAAGGAGGAGUUAAGUACCAGCUGGUGUCAGGGGCUGGGGGCACUGGUAGCCCACAGGUGUUGCAGAUAUCCCAAGGCCAAGGAGGACAAAGGGUGGCAGUACCGAUCAAAAUGCUUCUUCAYCCACAGACAAGUUCAGCCGCAUCUGGUGGUGCUGUUUCUAUGGUGAAGGUCCUCAACAGUUCAGCAGCAAGCCCCUCUAACGCAACCACCACUCCAUCCCAGACCAUUCGCAUCUCCAAAGCUCCCGGCGAGCCUGCGUCGGUGCGACGAGUGGAGAUUCUGUGCAAGCAGGAAAAAGCAAAUCGCAUAGUGGCUGAAGCCAUUGCACGGGCCAAAGCACGUGGCGAGAAGAACCUGCCUAGAGUCCUGAACCAGGAUGAGCUUCCGACCCCACAGACCUUGUCAGAGUUUGGAGGAACUGUGACUGUAGUGUCCGCUGCAAAGAAAAAAAGCAGCGGUGGGGGAAGCAAAAAGAAAAGUCCGAUAUCUGGAGGACAGAUCCCCAAAACCUUAGUGGGAGCUGACAAAAAGAGCAAAGUGAAGGCACCCGGAGGAACAGUUACAUUAGUUGGAGGGACCAUGAUGUCUGGAGCUGGGAACAAGAGCAAAAGCAAGACUAAAGCCAACACUAUUACUCUAGUGGGAGCAAAAAAAAGAAAGAGAAAUGCAUCUUCAGACCACUCUGAUGGCGAGCUGAGCCCACCUUCACCUGUUGCAUUGGAGGAUGACAUGAUUAUGAAGAGGCGCUCUAAUCGUGUGAUAAAGAGAAAGAAGUACACAGAAGACCUGGAUAUCAAAAUAACAGACGACGAAGAAGAGCAGGAAGAUGUGGAUGUUACUACAACGGCAGCAGCUGUGGCCUCCAUCAGUGGAGGGGCAGCAGCGCAGCUUAAACAGGAAGUGGAGCUGAUGGAUGCUGAUGGACUGCCUAGUAUGCAGUUCUUUGUGGAAAAUCCAAGUGAGGAAGAUGCUGCUAUUGUAGACAAAAUCUUGUCUCUGAGGAUAACGAGGAAGGAGGUGUCUGCAGGCCAGUAUAUUAACGUUGAGGAAUUCUUUGUAAAAUACAAAAACUACUCAUACCUGCACUGUGAGUGGGCCACUUUGGCACAGCUGGAGAAAGAUAAAAGGAUCCAUCAGAAGAUCAAGAGGUUCAAGACCAAGCAUGCUCAGAUGAGACGCUUGUUUCAGGAGGAUGAGGAGCCUUUUAACCCAGACUAUGUUGAAGUGGAUAGGAUCCUGGAUGUGUCCCACAGUAUAGACAAGGACAACGGCGAGCCCGUCAUCUACUACCUGGUGAAGUGGUGCUCCCUGCCGUAUGAAGAUGCUACUUGGGAACUGAAAGAGGAUGUUGAUGAGGGCAAAGUGAAGGAAUUCGGCAAAAUCCAGAAUAGGCAACCUCGUCUGAAGAGAACAGCACGACCUCCUGCUGUUUCAUGGAAGAAGUUGGAAGAAACUCGAGAGUACAAGAAUGGCAACAUACUUCGAGAAUAUCAGCUGGAAGGAGUCAACUGGCUUCUCUUCAACUGGUACAACAGGCAGAACUGUAUUCUGGCAGAUGAGAUGGGUCUGGGGAAAACCAUCCAGUCCAUCACUCUGCUCUCAGAGAUAUAUGCUACUGGUAUCCAAGGCCCCUUCCUCAUUAUUGCUCCGCUCUCUACCAUCACCAACUGGGAGAGGGAGUUUGCCACUUGGACUCACAUGAAUGCCAUUGUCUACCACGGCAGCCUUGCCAGCCGACAGAUGAUCCAGCAGUAUGAAAUGUACUGCAAAGAUGACAAGGGACAUUUGAUCCCAGGUGCUUACAAAUUUGAUGCACUUAUCACAACGUUUGAGAUGAUUCUGUCCGACUGUCCUGAACUGAGGGAGAUCUCCUGGCGUUGUGUGAUCAUUGAUGAAGCUCARCGCCUUAAAAAUCGAAACUGCAAGCUGUUGGACAGCUUGAAGAUGCUUGAUUUGGAACACAAAGUGCUGUUGACCGGCACUCCUCUUCAGAACACCGUGGAGGAACUUUUCAGUCUACUUCAUUUCCUGGAGCCGGCUCAGUUUCCUUCUGAAAUUGAAUUUCUUCGAGAUUUUGGAGACCUCAAAACUGAGGAGCAGGUGCAAAAACUGCAGGCCAUUUUGAAACCUAUGAUGUUGCGCCGUCUUAAAGAGGAUGUGGAGAAGAACUUGGCACCCAAACAGGAGACCAUUAUUGAGGUUGAGUUGACUGAUAUCCAGAAGAAGUACUACCGGGCCAUUCUGGAGAGGAACUUCAGCUUCCUAAGUUUAGGGGCCAYUAGCAACAGCAAUGUCCCCAAUCUGCUCAACACAAUGAUGGAGCUCCGCAAGUGCUGCAACCACCCCUACCUCAUAAAUGGUGCAGAAGAGAAGAUCAUAGCAGAGUUGCGAGAGGUGUACGACCCCCUGGCCCCUGACUUUCAUUUGCAGGCUCUAAUUCGGUCAGCCGGGAAACUGGUGCUACUUGAUAAGUUGCUGCCUCGUCUCAAGGCUGGUGGCCACAAAGUGCUCAUCUUUUCCCAGAUGGUUCGCUGCUUGGAUAUUUUGGAGGACUACCUCAUCAACAAGAGAUACCUUUAUGAACGAAUCGACGGCAGAGUUCGUGGGAACUUGCGACAGGCUGCAAUCGAUCGCUUCUGCAAGCCUGACUCGGAUCGUUUUGUCUUCCUGCUGUGUACACGUGCAGGUGGUCUGGGCAUCAACCUGACUGCUGCUGACACUUGUGUCAUAUUUGACUCGGACUGGAACCCUCAGAAUGACCUGCAGGCCCAAGCCAGGUGUCAUCGUAUCGGCCAGUCCAAGGCCGUAAAAGUCUACAGACUCAUUACCAGGAAUUCCUAUGAGAGGGAGAUGCUGGAUAAAGCAAGUCUGAAGCUUGGUCUGGAUCGAGCUGUGCUGCAAAGCAUGAGUGGCAACAAAGAAAGCAACGUUAAUGGGCUCCAGCAGUUUUCUAAAAAGGAGAUCGAGGAUCUGUUGAGGAAAGGAGCUUACGCAGCCAUCAUGGAUGAGAAUGAUGAAGGGAGUCGUUUCUGUGAGGAAGACAUUGACCAGAUCCUUCAGCGAAGAGCCACCACCAUUACUAUUGAGAGUGAAGGAAAGGGGUCUACUUUCUCCAAAGCCAGCUUUGUGGCUUCAGAGAACCGUAAUGACAUUGCCCUCGAUGACCCUGAAUUCUGGGAGAAGUGGGCCAAAAAGGCAGACAUAGACAUGGAUACCAUCAAUCAGAAGAACACUCUUGUGAUUGACACCCCCAGGAUUCGCAAGCAGACACGUCAGUUUUCCACUUUACGUGGCGAAGGUGGAGACCUGUCUGAUCUAGACAGCGAUGACGAGUAUCCACCUGCCAAUUCCAGACACUCGCGUUCCUCUCGACGCUCUGACCGUCACAGCGGAGGGGGUUACGGCCGCACCGACUGUUUCCGGGUGGAGAAACACCUGCUUGUUUACGGCUGGGGUCGCUGGAGGGAUAUCUUGUCCCAUGCCAGAUGUAAGAGGCGUCUGAGUGAACGUGACGUGGAAACCAUUUGCCGCGUUAUCCUGGUCUUUUGUCUCUUGCAUUAUCGUGGAGAUGAAAACAUUAAGAGCUUCAUCUGGGAGCUCAUCACGCCACCAGAGAACGGCCGUGAACCUCAAACACUACUAAACCACUCUGGUCUUUCAAUCCCUGUUCCAAGAGGUAGGAAGGGUAAGAGGGUAAAAGCCCAGAGUACUUUUGAUGUACAGAAGGUCGAGUGGAUACGCAAGUACAACCCCGACACUCUGCUGCUUGAUGACAGCUACAGAAAGCACCUUAAACAUCAGUGCAACAAAGUGCUGCUGAGGGUUCGUAUGCUCUACUACCUGAAACAGGAAGUUAUUGGUGAACAUGCAGAUGCUGUCUUAAAGGGAGCUCAUAUCAGGGAUGUUGAUAUCUGGAUGCCAGAGAUGGAGCAGCAGGAAGUGCCUGCAGCAUGGUGGGAGUCUGAUGCAGACCGCUCGCUGCUUGCUGGUGUGUUCAAACAUGGUUAUGAGAUGUACACUACCAUGCGGGCUGACCCCUGCCUCUGCUUCCUGGAGAAAGUUGGUCGGCCUGAUGAUAAGGCCAUCGACGCUGAGCAGCACACCGGUGAUGCCGAGCUGGGAGAUGAUGUUGAUUAUGAUAAAUACUCAGAAGAUCCAGAGUUCAAGCCAGCAUCAAGACACACCAAAGAUCUUUUAGAUGAGCCUGAUUCGAUGAAUGUGGACGAUGAGGUUUCUGUAGAAGACAAGAUGGCAGUUGUGGUCACAGAAAGCGUAACCAGUCAAAGUGGAGCGUGUGACUGGCCUUCAAGCUCUUCUCUAACGGCACGAUUGCGGCGGCUGAUCACUGCGUACCAGCGCAGCUACAGGCAGGAGCAGCUGAAGAUUGAAGCCGAGGCCAAAGGGGACCGCAGGCGCAGGCGGUGCGAGCAGGCCAGCAAACUAAAGGAAAUUGCACGACAGGAGCGACAGCAAAGGUGGACCCGGAGAGAAGAGUGCGAUUUCUAUCGUGUGGUGUCGACGUUUGGAGUGGAGAAGAUCAAAAAGGAGCCAGGUUUUCAAGAGGGACCAGAUCUUGAGUUUGACUGGACUCGUUUCCGUACUUUUGCUCGUCUGGAUAAGAAAACUGACGAGAGUCUGAGUCGAUACUUCCGCUCCUUUGUUGCCAUGUGCCGAAGGGUGUGUCACCUCCGCCCGGGCCGCGGCGAAGAUCCAUCAGACCUUUCCCAAACUGUGGCUCCAAUCACCGAGGAACGUGCUUCACGUACUCUUUACCGAAUCAGCCUCUUGCGUCGCCUUCGUGAGCGAGUCCUCCCCCACCCCUCCCUGGAGGAGCACCUGCUCCUGGCCCCGCGCAGCUCUGAGCUGCCCGCUUGGUGGAGACUACCAGAGCACGAUCAUCAGCUGAUGCUGGGAGCUUCGCUGCACGGUGUCAGCCGCACCGAGCUCUCCAUCUUCUCAGACCCACAGUUCUCUUUCAGCGUGGCCCGGGAACAGUUCAUCCAGAGUCAGCAGGCGCUCCCCCCGCCGCCGCCACCCCCGCCGCCGCCACCCCUUGUGACUUUCAGCCAGCCCAAGCCUGAGAUGGACUUACCCAGAAUGAAAGAGGACGAGAGAGAUGAGAGCGUUCAUUUGUUCAGGGAUGCGAUCAGUGCUGAGCUGCAAAGCACACCUUUAAGUCACCAAGGUGUCAAAGUGCAGGGUCCGAGCUGGAGCUUCAAGGGGAGCAAAGACAGAGGAGACAAAACAGAAGGAGGGAGGAAAGGUGAGGGAGGGUCCGAUUCAGAUUCUGAUUCUGAUUCAGGAUCUUCAUCCUCAGAGCGAUCAGGUAGCAGUGAUGAUAGUGGAGACAGUGAUGAGGAGGGCCAAGGAGCCAUGAAGGUGAGAGAUGUGGAUGAAGAGAAUAGUCUCCUCUCAAUGACUCUGUCUCAGGACAGCAUUCCUCCACCUGAUCCCAUCAGACUUGACUGGCCAAAGGACCGUGUGCUGAUUAACCGCCUGGACAGUUUAUGUACUCUUGUACUGACUGGUCAGUGGCCCUCGGGGCGGCGUUACGUACCUGAAGCUCAGCUCAACCCGAGCUCAGAACUGGGGGGAGAUGAAAUGGCGUACACGAGGGUGAUCCGUAAACCCAGCAGCACACCUGUCGGCCUCGGAGCAGAAGGAGAAAAUGGAGAAUUUACUGUAAAACUCCUCAAGGAGGAGGGCUUGAAGCUYACUUUCUCUAAGCAGGCCCUGAUGCCCAAUGGGUCAGGAGGGGAGAGCAGUAGCCGCAAGAAGCGAAAAGACCAAGAGCUAUCAGAUCUAGAUGGAGUUGAUGCUCUGGAGCGUACCCCUCGACGACGGGACCCUCCCACAUGGCUGAAAGAGAACCCAGAUUAUGAAGUGGAGGGAGACAUGUUGGAGCUGCUGGUGAACAGGAGCAAGAGGAAGAGGAGGAGGAGGGCAGAUAAAGCCCUCACAGGUACUGAGAAGGUCAAACUUAUUAACAUGAGGACAGGAAAGAAGGUUGGAGCUGCUUUCUGUCCCAUGCUGCAGGAGCUGAGGGAAUAUCUGGAGGAGAAUCUUGACAUCGCUGUGGCACCCGAGUGGUCCGAAACAGUUCGCAAUUCUGGUUUGUUGCCUGAAUCUCUCUUCCACCGGCUGCUGACGGAGCACUCAGAUAUGCCGAAGAAAAGCCGUCGACGACAUCAUCACCAUCACCACCACCAUCAUCAUCACUACCACACACCAGAGCCCACCCCUGAAGACCCCACCCUGGAUGGAGUUGAAGAGGAGACUCUGGUGUCAGAUGGAGCCUACAUGAUGGAUGAGGAGGACCUGGAGACGUCCCAUCACUUCCUCACCAGUCCGGACUUUGACGUUAAAAUGGAGGGGGGCGACAGCCUGUCCCAAGGCGACUAUGACAGCUCAGAUCAAGAAGCGCUUUUGGACGAUGUCAUCAUAGCACAGAAGGACUCUGACUCUUCAUCGAGCUCAGAGGACUGACUGAAUCCCACUCUGUAAACUCAUCUGACUCGACCCCUUUUCAAAAACAAAUCAUGUUAAUUUUCUAUUAUGUAACAAUAUGAAUUAAUGAUGUUUGUUUUGCUACAUUUUUUUCAUUUGUUUUAUUUAGGUGCGUGAGUUCAUUUUUUUUUUGUUAGAAUUAUGUUUUAUCUCAAUUGUCCUGUUGAACCUCUGACAAAAUGUCAAAAAGCUGAGCUUUGUUUUUUUCCCUCCUCUUUCAUCUAAACACAUAAUUUCCAUCACAUUCCCAAGCGUGACCAAAAGGGGACCUUCGCUGUACAGAUACACUUUUCUUAUCAAAAAAAAAACUCAAAGCUGGUCCUCAAGUGCUACAUGAAACUGGACACGUGUACUGAGCAGAACCAGAUCCCACCUUCCCCCUGUGUCUUCUGGUUGUCUUCCCCCCACAGGAGUCUGAACUGAAGGGGAUCCCGUGUGUGGAUGUACUGUUAGUGUUUUCACUCUGUGGGAGGGGAAAGUGACAUAUUAGUUACUGAAACUGUGCUAGGAGGAUGAAUUUAUUGUACAAAGUAGAGCUCGUCAGUUGUGUACUAUGGUGCAGAGUUGACAGCAGUGAGUCGCUAUUCUUGUUUUAUGACCUGACUGUAUCUGUGAUAUGAAUAACAGCAAUCUACAGUGAAAAAACUGACGUGUGCAUUGUGAUUUUUAAAAGGCAGUAGGAGGCAGAUGAAAGGCAGGAUUUGUUUAAAGUGUGCCCUAACUGCAACACAGGAUGCUGGAAAUCCCUUAAAUAUUCCAGAUUUUAAAAAUGUCUAAAUCUUCAAGGCAGCAACACAACACUUUUUAUUACACAAAAAAAGGAAAAAUGUGUUUGCAAGACGAGUAACGUUCUUUAAAAAAUUCAACCAACUAAAGAUAGUCUUUAAGUAUUUGAUAAAUGGUCCAUGAUUAGGAUUUACAUCAAGACUGCAAUCUUGCAAGAUACUACCUGGGAGGGAAAAAUCGUGAAAUUAUCAAAAAUCUAUUAAGGAAAUGGAUAAGUGUCGGUGUGUAUGACUUUUUCUUUGAGUCAGUUUUGUCACAACCAUCACAGAAAUUCAGGAAACAUGGGAAGAAAUCACUUGUGAGGCUAGACUUUAACUUUGCAGUUUAUAUAUCAGUAUUAUUAAACAGAGAAGAAAAAAGUUCAA